UGCGGUAUUAGCAAGUGGGCGUUGUGCAUUCAAUGGGGAAUUUGCCUGGAGAGGUAUAAGAGCUGGACUGUGCAGGAGGUCUGAGAUCAGUUAUACUCGGAAUGAACUGCAGGACAACUUGAUAAGGAGACAAGCAAUAAUAAUAAUAUACCUAAACAGUAACCAUGGCACUGGACACCCUCAAAUCAGGAGCAUCAAAGAAGGACUCCAUUAUUGCAUCCUACCAACAGUCUUUCCGUAUCGAUGACCUCCUCAGACAGAAAGCAAUAGAGCAGCAGCAACCCGAUCACUUCACUCUCACUCACCCCGCCGACAAUGGUGCUGGAGCAUUCAGAAUAGGCCCAGUUCCACCACCAAAACUUACUAAGAUUGAGAAUAAGAAGUCAGAUCCAACCUCUGCAUUCAGUAAUUCCGAUGCAAAAACUGGAACAAAACGUGGUUCUAGCAGUGAUGCAACCAUUGAAGAUGACGAUGACUACUUUCAGAAGAGGAAAAAAGCACGUACAGCCUUCUCUAGAGAGCAAGUUGCAGAGCUGGAGAAAAAGUUCCAAGAUAAAAAAUAUCUCUCGUCAAACGAAAGGGGUGAAUUGGCCGAGAAAUUGAAACUAUCUGACAUGCAAGUUAAGACCUGGUUUCAGAAUCGACGAAUGAAAUUCAAGCGUCAAUCAGAAGAAGCCGAAAUGGAAAUGAAAGCAUCGAAAUACUCGUUUAGCUCUUUCAUGCCUUACGGCAACAUGAUGUAUAGUUACAUGCAAAACAGUCCGGCAUACGGCUAUCCCUCCAAUAUUCGCUCAUCCCCCCAAACCCCCUCCCCGGGUAUGGACGGUCCAUUCUCCCAGCUGGAUAUGAGCUCCCCCUCGAUGUUAGCCCCCCUCUCAGCCGGCCCCUACAAACACAGCGGGGGAGUGUCUCCUCUGAUUCGUUCGGCCCCUCCAUCCACCUCAUACUUUGCAAAUGGCGGUCUUCUCACCCCCAUCUCUCCCUCUUCGUCGUACCAGCAGGUGUACUACAAUGGGGAUACAGGCUCCACCCACUCUGGACUGGGGACGUACCCACACAUACCGUUUGUCGGUCAUGAUUGGCAGAGGUCUAUUACAAGUCCUCCUGUCACAACACCAUGAUUAUUUAACUAUCGUGGCUACUAAAAUCACUUAAACAUACAAUUCCCAAAUAGUUUUUUAGCUCACCAAUUUUUUACACAUGAAUGUGCUUAAGUAUAAUCAGACUAUUUUUGUAUCACCAAUCAUGAAUCAAUUAAUUUUUAUACUCAUAUUUACAUAACUACCCGUACUGAGUGUGUUGACAAUUUCAUUAUGACAAUAAACCACCAUUGCAUAAUGUAUCAAACUUAAUUUCCACAAGUGUGAUUAACGAUCUUUACUUUUAAAUUCA